CUUCUAAGCUUAAACAGAACAAGUCAAUUAAGCAAUCUAUGAGCAAGUCACUGACCAUCCAAGAAGAAAAUAAGGCAGAAAAUUAACUUAAACCAACAACUAUAUAACCUGGUAAGAUGGUAACUUGAUAUAUACAGACAAGAAGAAAGUACACAAUUUAUAUCAGUUGAAAAGAAUAAUUGAUAAUACUGUGAGUCUGCGAAAACACAACCAUGUAUGUAACUAGACCCCUUUCUUUUUACAGCAAAUCCCCUGAUUUGCUCUCAGUUCCACCCCCUGAAGGUCCGAAUUCGGGUUACCUUGUUAUCCAAGACGAUGGUUCAUUGAUGCCUUCCUGUUUUGGUCAGUCUAAGAGCCUCGGCAUCAACGACUUGCCUUUUCCAUCUAACAAGAUACUUUUUACUGAUGAAGGGGAUCAAAUCCUUGCUGUUCCUGUUAUCAAUCAGCCACUUUCUUCAAAUCGAUAUUACGUUAUCAAGGCACAUAAGAAGCACAAAGGAGAAGCGUAUGCUUGUUCAAAGGAAGAAGGUAAAGGCGUAAGUUGCGGAGGGAGUUAUAUUCAAGAUGUGACACCUAAACCCUUGGAUCCUAUAGAUAUAUAUCAGCAGUUCGAGUUUGAGUACUCGAUGAAAGUUACCUGCAGCACUGAAAGCAGAGGAUUUAUUGUUAAAUCCAUUGCUCCUGAUGGUCAUGCUCCGCGAUUCUUAAGAAACAAAUCGCCUACACUCAUCCAAAGAUCAACUACAAACUCCAAAGAUUUCAUAUAUGAAGAAGUCAAUGGCCUUAAUAGUUCACUGCGCGAACAACUUCCGGACUUCAACUUCCCCUUGUCUCGUGGAGCUUCAGAACCUGUUUGUGUUGGUAAAUGGUACUGUCCUUUCAUGUUCAUUCAUGAGGGAAAGUUGAAAGAUCAAAUAAAGUAUUCAGCGUACUAUGAGAUGACACUUGAACAACAGUGGGAGAGGAUUUUCAUAACCGAUAGUAGUUAUAACCAAGGCAAUAAUAAUAAGGUGAUGAUGGAUGUUGUUGUUCGAACGCAAGAGUUUGCAGUGGGUGGAAAGGAUGCUGUUAUAGAUGAGAGAACUUCAGACAAUAAGGUGGUUUGGUUUCAGACCAUUGGUAGCGUGGGAGAACAACAAAGUGUUGGGAUGAAUAAGUUGAUUGUUGAAAGAAUGUUAUGGGAGCAAGAAAGAGUUGGAUGGGUUAAUGGGAAGGAAAAGCAAGUGAGGAUGAUUAGAGAUGAGGAGUAUGGAGGAAUCGGAUGGUGGGCAAGAUUUGGGUGUUAUGUUCUUGUCGAAAGAUUUGUUCUAAAAAGAAUAGAUGGAACUGUGAUUUUAACCUGUGAUUUCAAGCACACUCAUCAAAUUAAGACCAACUGGGAGUAGUAGCUAUUAUGCUUAGUUUGUUUAAGCAUCAGAAUGUAUACUAUGUUCUUGCAAAAUAUAAGUUUUAAUAUCAAUUGUAUAUUUCCUGCUCAUGCAGAUUAUGCUCAUAUAUACAUACAUAAAACUACUAUUUUCUUUAUCAUCAAA